AUGGAGGGGUUAAAUAUCCCUCAAUGCCCCAAGCACCCAAUAACACACGCCGCACUGGCCGUCGAUUCGGUCACGGAUAACAACUCGCAAGGGGCAUUUGCUUUUCCAAAACAUCAACUCAAGACAAAACUCUGUUGGAAUUUGAUGCUCAAAUCAAUCGGCGAUGUUCAAAGCUUCCAGCCCCUCCUUCAGCGCACUUAUCAUUCGAAGGGAUACUUUAUCCAUCUGGCUCCCAGAGAGAUGGUUGUCGGGGCUGAUCAGCAACCCUGGGCUUUGGGCACCUUGCUCUUCCCCGUGCACUGGACUGUUUGA